AUGCCGUCGGCCGAGCCCUCCCACAGGCGCCUGCUGGACCUAGAGGAUCUGGAAUUUGAUGCCGCACCACUGUUCGUCAUCAGAGCGGGUGAGAUAGCUCUUGAAUUCGAGUUUGUCUUCUGUAAUGAAGCGUUUCGCAGACUCCCUCUCUGCAACUCCAUCCUAGCCGAGGAAAGAGCAUCACUCCUGUUCCGCUCAUGGGCGCAAGCACUGGGUGAAUACAAACCUCGAUAUGAAUUCGGUGGUCAUGUUUGGACCGCAGAACUGGCAGGGAGAAAUGGUGGCUUCAAGCUAGUGAGAGCGACAGGAUCCGACGCGCAGCAGCAAGAAGCGCCUUCCUUGGAGGAAGAAGCAGACGAUGACGAUCAUCUCACUAUGAUUCGAGCGCCAGUCUUUACACGAUCAAAAGCACAGCUCAUCAAUGACCUCAAGCGCGAUAGAUCAAUAUCGCUCAAGAACAUUCCGUAUACGAACCUUCAUGCCAGGUGGGAAAGUAUCCAGACUAUGAUGGAGAUGAGCGAUGUUGGAGUGUUUGACUCCCACCCCAAAAACGUCAAUCCUGACGAGUUCUCAUUCAUGGAUCUUGUCUACCCCGAUGACCAAGCACUGGUCAUGUCCAUGUGGAAUAAGCUUUCGCAGGGAAAAUCCGUUACGUUCGAGAUGCGAUGGAAGGCACCCACAGGAACGGAACGCGCCGCGCAAUGGGUACUUUCAGCUUGUGUUCCGGUCUUCGAUGAUGACAAGAAAUUGAUCGGUGUUGCCGGCAAUACCGUGGACAUCAACGCACAAAAGAAGUCGCAAGAGGCAGCACAAGCACAAGUCGAAGCACUCGAACAAGCGCGGCUGGCGGAAAUGAAAUUUGCGCGCUUUGCCCAAGUAUCCCCUACCGCUAUAUACGUGUACAUACCUGAGGGUGGCAUGAACUUCGUCAAUGACCAUUUCUUCGAGCUUACUGGCCAUCCACAUGGUUCAGUCAGCCAAUACGACUGGUUUAACCUCAUCGCUAAGGAGGAUGUCGAAAAAGUCAAGAAAGGUUGGGAGAACAUGCUCACGAGCGGUAAAGCCAAAGGUAUACAAUUUCGUUUGAACAAGACUUGGGUCAAUCAAGAUGGUAUUCGCUCGAAUAUAUGGGUGCAAAGUUCAAGUUGCCCAGAGCUGGACGAGAACGGCAAAGUGAUAAGCAUUAUGGGGACGUUAUUCGACAUAUCACAGUUCAAGUGGGCUGAAAGCGUUCAGCGGCGCCGCAUUCACGAAGCGCUGGAAGCAAAACGACAACAAGAAAACUUCAUUGAUAUGACUUCGCACGAACUCAGGAAUCCACUGUCGGCAGUCAUACAAUGCGCCGACUCCGUUAUCGCUUCGCUCCAACAACUAUCCAGACGCCAAAUCAUAGCAUCGAAAGAUUCGUCCGAAACAUCCAAGGCAGAAGCAGAAGUUCAGAGCUGCAUCGAAUCGCUGCUGAUCAUCGUGUCAUGUUCGAUGCACCAAAAACGCGUUAUUGACGACGUGCUCACCCUGUCGAAACUUGAUUCUAACUUGAUCUUGAUCACGCCAAUGCGCGUGCAGCCCGCGGUGGUGGUAUCGGAUGCGGUGCGCAUGUUCGAUGUCGAGUGCAACCAGGCGGGCAUUAAGCUCGCUUUCCUCAUUGAUGAGACUUUCAAUGGCAUGGAUUGGACGAUGCUUGACCCCUCGCGCCUCUUGCAAGUCCUCAUCAAUCUACUAACCAACGCCAUUAAAUUCACCAAAGACCGCCCUCAAAAAGCCAUCACCGUCACUAUCGGUGGCUCCUGGACCCGUCCACCUAAGUGCUGGAACGAGAUAACCUUCACCGACGAUGAGAAGCCCAAGACAGACAUCACCGACAAAGCUGAAUGGGGCGAAGGUAAAGUAGCAUUCCUCUGGCUGAAGGUCAAAGACACCGGCUGUGGUAUGACCACAGACGAGCAAAAGAAACUCUUCUCCCGAUUCUCGCAAGCCACACCACGCACGCACGUUAAAUACGGCGGUUCAGGGCUCGGCCUCUUCAUCUCCAAAUCGCUUACGAAGUUACAAGGAGGUGCCAUCGGCGUCCACUCCGAGAAAGAGCAAGGCUCAACAUUCGCCUUCUUCAUCAGCACCCGCCUCGCGCACCCACCAGCCGACCAAGUCUCUGCGCGCGCCGUGCAAGCUCGGCCCGUCCCUCGUCGUACCAUGACAGGCGAAGAAGCCAUGCAAUCGAUCAGACUCAACGUACUCAUCGUAGAAGACAACCUCGUCAACCAAAAGGUGCUUAGGAAGCAACUGCAAAAGUUCGGCUGGAACAUCAGUGUAGCAGGUAACGGCCAAGAAGCGUUGGAAUGGCUAAAAGACAGCGUAUACUGGCGCAACGAGGAAGACAGUUCCAAGCCGGAGAAGAAACACGACCUCGACAUCAUUCUCAUGGACAUAGAAAUGCCCAUCAUGGAUGGCCUUACCUGCGCCCGCCUUAUCCGCGACUACGAACACCAGGGUCUUCUUGCUGCACCACCAACUCCGGGGGUGCCUUCGUCGGGUCGGGCUUGUCAUAAGAAGACUUCAUCUACGUCUUCGGCGUCGCAUGAGCGGCCGGAUAAGCAAUCACUUCGUCUGCCCAUCCUGGCUGUGAGUGCGAAUGCGCGUAUGGAGCAGAUUGAACAGUCGCUGGCGUCGGGGAUGGACGAUGCGAUUUCGAAACCUUUUCGUAUUCCGGAACUUUGGCCGAAGAUUAGGGGGUUGGUGAGGAGGGUUGCGGAUGCGGAUACGAAGGUUAGGUCGUGA